CAUCCAAAGUUGCAGGAACAACAACCACAGAGUCUUUGACAACAACCACAGCUGCUUCAACAACAGGCACAGGGGCUGCCUCAACUACAGCAUCUUAUCCUACAACAAUGACAGAGGCUACCCCCACAACCACAGCUAAUGCCACAACUUUUACAGAUUCUCCAACCAUAACUGAGGCAAUAGCAACAACCACAUCCCCUCCCACAACAACAGAGGUUGCCACAAAAAAUACUGCUGCCACCACAACAUCCCCAUCCAGUCCCACAACCACAGAGGCUGCCACCACAACUACGACAGCUGCUCCCGCAACAAGCACAGGCAUAGAGGCCCCAUUUUCCACCGCAAUUACCACAGUUGCAGGAACUACAACCACAGAGUCUUUGACAACAACCACAGCUGCUCCUAUAACUGCAGAAGCUGCCACAACAACCAUAGCUGCUUGGGAAAAAAACACUACUGCCUUCACAACACCAACAGAGGCUGCCACAAUUUCAGCUUUCAGGACUACAACCACACAAGCUUUGCCAAAAUCUGAAGCAAUUACCACUACCACAUCCACUCUCACAACUACAGAUGCUGCCAUCACAAACACAUAUGUUCCAACAACAACAGAGGGUGCCACUACAUACACUGCUGAUGCCACUACUUCCAUAGCUGCUUCAACAAGAAAUGAGGCACUUAUAUCAGCCACAUCCACUGCCAAAUCUAUAGAGGCCACCACAUUAACCAUUGCUUUUCCCACAACUACCACAUCUCCUCGCACAAUCAGCACAGCUGAUGAUGCAACAACAACUGAGAGACCUACAGUAAUCUCUUUUCUGACAGCAACCACUGCUGUAUCAACAACAACUAUUGCUGCUCCGACAACAAUCUCUGAGGCUACCACAACAGCCCCAUCAGCUGCAAUAAUAAUUACAGUUGCUCCUACAGCAAACACAGCUGCAGCCACACAAACCACAGUCAUCACCCUAAAAAAUGUAUCUGCUUCCGCAGCAACAUCUACAGCAGUUGUUUCAACAACAUAUUCUACACCUUCAGUGUCAUCUACAAUCAUAUCGGGCACAGUGUUGGUUUUGGUUAGACUCACGUUCCAAGUCAACACAUCCGUCCCCACUGCGGAAGAAGUCCUUGGGGCUGUUAAAAACCACCUUUCCAAUCAAUUCCUCCCACAAACCUACUUGGACAAUGCUAAUUAUAUCACACUUGCAAACACCUCAUUUGCCAUUGAACUUGCAUUCCAAAUUACCAAUGUAACCUUGGAGGAGACAAUGAGCCCAAAUGGUGCACUUACCUUCACCAGUGAGACUUACAACCAGAUACAGGAUUCAAUUGACAGCCUACUCUAUAAAAUUGUCAGUAAACCAGAGGGAAAACAAUUUGACCUUCCCAACGCCACGUUCACUGUUGUCAGCAAUCAAAUCAAUGCAGGUGUGGUGUAUGCAUACAACAGCGCUGACAUCAACCUUCCUAGUGCCUUUUUAGAGGAUGUUCUACAAGUGUCAGGUCUGGUGAUGAGCACCACUGCCCCAACAACCACAGCUGCUGCCACAACAGCCACAUCUACAGCGAUGUCUACAACCAAAUCGGGCACAGUGUUGGUUUUGGUUAGACUCACGUUCCAAGUCAACACAUCCAUCCCCACUGCGGAAGAAGUCCUUGGGGCUGUUAAAAACCACCUUUCCAAUCAGCUCCUCCCACAAACCUACUUCGACAAUGCAACUUAUAUCACACUUGCAAACACCUCAUUUGCCAUUGAACUUGCAUUCCAAAUUACCAAUGUAACCUUGGAGGAGACAAUGAGCCCAAAUGGUGCACUUACCUUCACCAGUGAGACUUACAACCAGAUACAGGAUUCAAUUGACAGCCUACUCUAUAAAAUUGUCAGUAAACCAGAGGGAAAACAAUUUGACCUUCCCAACGCCACGUUCACUGUUGUCAGCAAUCAAAUCAAUGCAGGUGUGGUGUAUGCAUACAACAGCGCUGACAUCAACCUUCCUAGUGCCUUUUUAGAGGAUGUUCUACAAGUGUCAGGUCUGGUGAUGAGCACCACUGCCCCAACAACCACAGCUGCUGCCACAACAGCCACAUCUACAGCGAUGUCUACAACCAAAUCGGGCACAGUGUUGGUUUUGGUUAGACUCACGUUCCAAGUCAACACAUCCAUCCCCACUGCGGAAGAAGUCCUUGGGGCUGUUAAAAACCACCUUUCCAAUCAGCUCCUCCCACAAACCUACUUCGACAAUGCAACUUAUAUCACACUUGCAAACACCUCAUUUGCCAUUGAACUUGCAUUCCAAAUUACCAAUGUAACCUUGGUGGAGACAAUGAGCCCAAAUGGUGCACUUACCUUCACCAGUGAGACUUACAACCAGAUACAGGAUUCAAUUGACAGCCUACUCUAUAAAAUUGUCAGUAAACCAGAGGGAAAACAAUUUGACCUUCCCAACGCCACGUUCACUGUUGUCAGCAAUCAAAUCAAUGCAGGUGUGGUGUAUGCAUACAACAGCGCUGACAUCAACCUUCCUAGUGCCUUUUUAGAGGAUGUUCUACAAGUGUCAGGUCUGGUGAUGAGCACCACUGCCCCAACAACCACAGCUGCUGCCACAACAGCCACAUCUACAGCGAUGUCUACAACCAAAUCGGGCACAGUGUUGGUUUUGGUUAGACUCACGUUCCAAGUCAACACAUCCAUCCCCACUGCGGAAGAAGUCCUUGGGGCUGUUAAAAACCACCUUUCCAAUCAGCUCCUCCCACAAACCUACUUCGACAAUGCAACUUAUAUCACACUUGCAAACACCUCAUUUGCCAUUGAACUUGCAUUCCAAAUUACCAAUGUAACCUUGGAGGAGACAAUGAGCCCAAAUGGUGCACUUACCUUCACCAGUGAGACUUACAACCAGAUACAGGAUUCAAUUGACAGCCUACUCUAUAAAAUUGUCAGUAAACCAGAGGGAAAACAAUUUGACCUUCCCAACGCCACGUUCACUGUUGUCAGCAAUCAAAUCAAUGCAGGUGUGGUGUAUGCAUACAACAGCGCUGACAUCAACCUUCCUAGUGCCUUUUUAGAGGAUGUUCUACAAGUGUCAGGUCUGGUGAUGAGCACCACUGCCCCAACAACCACAGCUGCUGCCACAACAGCCACAUCUACAGCGAUGUCUACAACCAAAUCGGGCACAGUGUUGGUUUUGGUUAGACUCACGUUCCAAGUCAACACAUCCAUCCCCACUGCGGAAGAAGUCCUUGGGUCUGUUAAAAACCACCUUUCCAAUCAGCUCCUCCCACAAACCUACUUCGACAAUGCAACUUAUAUCACACUUGCAAACACCUCAUUUGCCAUUGAACUUGCAUUCCAAAUUACCAAUGUAACCUUGGAGGAGACAAUGAGCCCAAAUGGUGCACUUACCUUCACCAGUGAGACUUACAACCAGAUACAGGAUUCAAUUGACAGCCUACUCUAUAAAAUUGUCAGUAAACCAGAGGGAAAACAAUUUGACCUUCCCAACGCCACGUUCACUGUUGUCAGCAAUCAAAUCAAUGCAGGUGUGGUGUAUGCAUACAACAGCGCUGACAUCAACCUUCCUAGUGCCUUUUUAGAGGAUGUUCUACAAGUGUCAGGUCUGGUGAUGAGCACCACUGCCCCAACAACCACAGCUGCUGCCACAACAGCCACAUCUACAGCGAUGUCUACAACCAAAUCGGGCACAGUGUUGGUUUUGGUUAGACUCACGUUCCAAGUCAACACAUCCAUCCCCACUGCGGAAGAAGUCCUUGGGGCUGUUAAAAACCACCUUUCCAAUCAGCUCCUCCCACAAACCUACUUCGACAAUGCAACUUAUAUCACACUUGCAAACACCUCAUUUGCCAUUGAACUUGCAUUCCAAAUUACCAAUGUAACCUUGGUGGAGACAAUGAGCCCAAAUGGUGCACUUACCUUCACCAGUGAGACUUACAACCAGAUACAGGAUUCAAUUGACAGCCUACUCUAUAAAAUUGUCAGUAAACCAGAGGGAAAACAAUUUGACCUUCCCAACGCCACGUUCACUGUUGUCAGCAAUCAAAUCAAUGCAGGUGUGGUGUAUGCAUACAACAGCGCUGACAUCAACCUUCCUAGUGCCUUUUUAGAGGAUGUUCUACAAGUGUCAGGUCUGGUGAUGAGCACCACUGCCCCAACAACCACAGCUGCUGCCACAACAGCCACAUCUACAGCGAUGUCUACAACCAAAUCGGGCACAGUGUUGGUUUUGGUUAGACUCACGUUCCAAGUCAACACAUCCAUCCCCACUGCGGAAGAAGUCCUUGGGGCUGUUAAAAACCACCUUUCCAAUCAGCUCCUCCCACAAACCUACUUCGACAAUGCAACUUAUAUCACACUUGCAAACACCUCAUUUGCCAUUGAACUUGCAUUCCAAAUUACCAAUGUAACCUUGGUGGAGACAAUGAGCCCAAAUGGUGCACUUACCUUCACCAGUGAGACUUACAACCAGAUACAGGAUUCAAUUGACAGCCUACUCUAUAAAAUUGUCAGUAAACCAGAGGGAAAACAAUUUGACCUUCCCAACGCCACGUUCACUGUUGUCAGCAAUCAAAUCAAUGCAGGUGUGGUGUAUGCAUACAACAGCGCUGACAUCAACCUUCCUAGUGCCUUUUUAGAGGAUGUUCUACAAGUGUCAGGUCUGGUGAUGAGCACCACUGCCCCAACAACCACAGCUGCUGCCACAACAGCCACAUCUACAGCGAUGUCUACAACCAAAUCGGGCACAGUGUUGGUUUUGGUUAGACUCACGUUCCAAGUCAACACAUCCAUCCCCACUGCGGAAGAAGUCCUUGGGGCUGUUAAAAACCACCUUUCCAAUCAGCUCCUCCCACAAACCUACUUCGACAAUGCAACUUAUAUCACACUUGCAAACAACUCAUUUGCCAUUGAACUUGCAUUCCAAAUUACCAAUGUAACCUUGGAGGAGACAAUGAGCCCAAAUGGUGCACUUACCUUCACCAGUGAGACUUACAACCAGAUACAGGAUUCAAUUGACAGCCUACUCUAUAAAAUUGUCAGUAAACCAGAGGGAAAACAAUUUGACCUUCCCAACGCCACGUUCACUGUUGUCAGCAAUCAAAUCAAUGCAGGUGUGGUGUAUACAUACAACAGCGCUGACAUCAACCUUCCUAGUGCCUUUUUAGAGGAUGUUCUACAAGUGUCAGGUAUCAUGACAAGCACCACUGCCCCAACAGCUACAACUGUUUCCACAACAACCACAGCUUCUGCCUUCACAACCAAUUCUACAGCUUCAGUGAUGCCUAUAACUACAUCGGGCACUGUGGUGGUUUUUGUGAGACUGCUGUUCCAGCUCAACACACCUGUCCCCAAUAAGGAUGUUAUCAUUGGGAUCAUCAACAAGCAAUUAUUUAAUCAAAUCAGGACUGUCACUCUAGCCACCUUAAAGAAUGCAACUUAUAUCCAACUUACAAAUACUUCAUUUGCCAUUGACCUUGGUUACCAAAUAACCAGUGUAACCAUGGUGGCGACACUAAGUCAAAAUGAUACAAUUACUUUCACCAAUGACACCUACAACCAGAUACAAGUUUCAGUUGACAAUCUACUCCAUAAUAUUGUCAGUCAACCGGAGGGUAAAUUGUUUACCUUUCCCAAUGCCAGCUUCACUGUGGUUGGCAAUCAAAUUAGGGCAGAUGUGAUGUAUGUAUACAACGAGGCAGACAACAACCUUCCUAGUGCCUUUUUACAGGACAUUUUAACAGUUUCAGGUAUCAUGACAAGCACCACUGCCCCAACAACUACAGCUGUUUCCACAACAACCCCCAUUUCUGCCUUCACAACCAAUUCUACAGCUUCAGUGAUGCCUAUAACUACAUCGGGCACUGUGGUGGUUUUUGUGAGACUGCUGUUCCAGCUCAACACACCUGUCCCCAAUAAGGAUGUUAUCAUUGGGAUCAUCAACAAGCAAUUAUUUAAUCAAAUCAGGACUGUCCCUCUAGCCACCUUAAAGAAUGCAACUUAUAUCCAACUUACAAAUACUUCAUUUGCCAUUGACCUUGGUUACCAAAUAACCAGUGUAACCAUGGUGGCGACACUAAGUCAAAAUGAUACAAUUACUUUCACCAAUGACACCUACAACCAGAUACAAGUUUCAGUUGACAAUCUACUCCAUAAUAUUGUCAGUCAACCGGAGGGUAAAUUGUUUACCUUUCCCAAUGCCAGCUUCACUGUGGUUGGCAAUCAAAUUAGGGCAGAUGUGAUGUAUGUAUACAACGAGGCAGACAACAACCUUCCUAGUGCCUUUUUACAGGACAUUUUAACAGUUUCAGGUUUGCUGACAACCACCGCUGCCCCAACAACUACAACCAGCACUACACCACUUCCUACCCUUUUACUGACCACUUUUUUCAGUACCACAAGUGGCAGAGGUUUUCCUGGCUGGGCUCUGGCCAUUAUCAUUCCUUGUGGCAUUGCUAUCAUUCUUAUUCCCCUAUGGAUCCUGCUAGCAUGCAUGCUAUGUGGCUGUUGUGCUGCCAUUAGGAGACGCUGGCACAGACGCAGAUCUUACCAUGUACAGUACACCACCAGAAACGGACUUUUCUGAGAGGACAACAGUCACAAAAGAAUAGCCAUUCAUCUUUCUUUUCAUCAUCACAUGAAUUAUUGUUUCACUUAAAAGAUAAAGCACUGACUGGCUUACAUCAUCUAGAUAGGGUAUAUUUAUGUAUUUAUUUAGUAAUUUCUGUGUUCCAGCUGUCCUGUCCACUGAUUCAAAUUAUAGUCUAUAUUUUAAUAAAUAUAGUUGGGGGAAAAAAUAAGAAUUAAUGCAUUUUAUUUAAAAUAUUAUUAAUUAAUUGUAUUUACAGUUCUACAAUACAGCUAUUUCUUUAUCAGUUUGAUGAACAUAAUACGUAAUAAGUAAAAUCGGUAAAAGUCAGUAGAGAGGUAAACAGAUGCUAAACUCUACAACAUUAACAGUAGGUUUGGGCAUGUAUGAUACAUAUAUUCCUUUAACUUUUUAUUCUGCAUUAUUCAUGAUUGAUUCAGUAUUAUCUAUAAUUAUGGUGUCAUCCAUAUUCAUAUAGAAGUGUUCAGAAAUGUAUUCUAUUUGUAUUUAAAAUAAAAAAUACUUUUCGUUAACCUGG